AUGGCGCCAAAAUUUGACGUGACUCAGUCAUUGUAUAUUAAAUCACGGAAAUUUAAAAUUUAUAAAACUAGAAAAUACGAUUUUUUAGAUAUUUAGAAGUAUUUCUGAACAAAUGUAUCAAUUAUAAUUCAAUAAAACUUCCAAAAAUAGCAGUAAUUUUUCAAGUCGAUCAUAGGGAUGUAAUAUAAUAUUUGGUAAUUAUUCAGACUUGUUUCUCAAUGAAUAUGAUUUUCUAUGAAUUUUAUACUAGGAAAUGAAAAGGAAAUAUAUUUAAAAUUCACAAAAAAAGGAAACAAGGGUGCAGGCGUCAGGAUGAUGUCAGUGCCCGGCGAACGUGAAUUUGGCGGAAAUAGAGUUCCGCCUAGCGAUUCUUACCUAAGCGAUUAAAGAUGAUUUAAUUGAUCAAAUUAAGAUCUGUAAAAGACGGAAGAAUCGUAAUAAAAUGAAGUAUAUGUUGGCAAAUUUAAAAUCAACAAAUUAUCACUAAAUGAAACAGAAAUUAAGUUGAAAGCAGGAAAACAGAGUUCCGACGUCGCGGCGGCGAUGCAUCAGCGAUGUACAAGAAUUCUGAGUGUUCGGGAGGAUCGUCGUGCAGUGUCCACGGCCUCGAAGGCUCUCCUUGGACAAAGACGACGUGGGCAAUCUCUAGAUCUUCUCACGAAGUCUAGAGAUUAAUAAAAUGGGUCGUCGAAUCGUCUCCGGCGGCUGUCACCCGGCGGAGCGGAAAAACGGCGACUUUGCGGCUCUCCGGCGGCUGUCACCCGACAGAGAAGAGCUGGAUGAAGAUGGGGCGCGUGUCAGGGAGCUUCAUUCUUAGGUCCACGCAGCAAGAGGAGGCUCUUCAUCGCAUCUGGUACGCUCUUAGGAGGUGGCAAGUUGUCUCCCGGCGGAUUGUCCUCUUCCCGACGACAGCUUGUUCGUCGAUCAAUCGGAGAUGA